AUGUCUACCGAAAUCCCUUCUACCCAAGUCCCUUCCACCGAUGUCUCGUCUACCCAAGUCCCGUCUACCGAGGGCCCGUCUACCCAAAUCAUAUGGACCGAUGAGAGCAUGGACGUGGUCCACGCCAUGACCGACACGACCUUCAUCAAGACGUCCAGACUCCCCGUUGCCUGGACGCGACCUGACGGCACUGCCUUCGCUUGGUUCCGGUCAUGGAACCACGAGCGCAUCACAAACGAGGCCAAGGCCUUGGAGCUCAUCGCCAAGGAGACAACCAUCCCGGUGCCCCGCCUGGUCGAGCACGGGAUACACCCCGACGGCCGCCGCUAUCUCAUCACAGAGCGCAUCGAUGGCGUCCCUCUCAGCACCAUCAAAGACGACCCCUCGCGCGUCGAGCGCGCCCACGCCAUCGCCCUCGCCUUCGUCAACGACAUCGUCCUGCCACAGCUCGCCACCCUCAAGUCCCGCGAGCGCGGCAUCGACGGCUUCGUCAUGCCGCCUCGCUGGCUCAGCCCCGACGUUCUCCCCCCCUGGCGCGGCACCAACCCCUCCGACCGCGGCAUGCGCACGCUGCCGCUCGCCACGCUGGGGUACGUCUUCCAGCACGGCGACCUGGCGCCGCACAACAUCCUCGUCCACCACGAGACGCUGGAAGUGAAAGCGCUGAUCGACUGGGAGCACGCGGGCUUCUACCCGCCAGGCAUGGACCUGUGGCGGGGCACGCUGGACCUGAAGGCCGGCGGGUACUACGACGUGGAGGCAAAGGACAUCGUGCCGGCGGUGGCGGCGUACCUGCCGGAGGAGUUCCUAGAGCGCUGCGAGAUGUGGGAGGACAAGGAGGAGCUGGCGAGGCUGGUGGCGGAGGGGGGGAUGCCGGACCCGGAGGAGGUCAGGAAGCAGCAGCUCGCGGGGAGGGACGGGAAGCUGGAGGGAUGUGAGCAGUAG